AGCAGGGGGCGGUGUGCGCUAACACACGACUCGUGCGGCGUUCACUAACUCAUCUGAUUUCUCCAAAGUGGCCGCUGCAGAUUUAGAUGCGUUUUUGAAGACGUACAGACGUGCCCUAGAUUUUUUUUUGUUGUUACUGCUUUGUUGUUCAGUUCGGCGGAUAAUAUAUGUGAGUUUAUUUUUGUAUUAGCACACCUCGCUUCGUUAUCUGCUCUGCGGGAACAAUCAGACCUCGACUUUGACGUGGUCGCUUGGCGUGUCCCGACUUGGAGUGACGGCUGAGCGGUCCUAUGAAUCCUCCUACACAUCUUUUUUUUUUUACUUCUUCUUCUUUUGACAAACUACAUUGUUAACUUUAACUUAAAUCGAGACCGCUUCGCAGUUCGCCGGGACGCCGAAGACAGCCCGGGGCUUUCAAGAUGUCGGUAGCGGGCUUCAAGAAGCAGUUUUACAAAGCUAGCCAGAUGGUAAGUGAGAAAGUCGGAGGUGCUGAAGGAACGAAACUAGAUGAGGACUUCAAAGACUUGGAACGGAAAGUAGAUGUGACCAGUAAAGCAGUAGUCGAGGUAAUCUCCAAAACAUCAGAAUACCUUCAGCCCAACCCAGCAUCACGGGCCAAACUGUCCAUGUUGAACACCAUGUCAAAGAUCCGCGGUCAGGUGAAGAACCCAGGCUACCCUCAGGCGGAGGGGCUGCUUGGGGAAUGUAUGGGCAAGUAUGGACGGGACCUCGGAGAGGAGACUAACUUUGGCGGAGCGCUGGUCGAUGUCGGAGAGGCCAUGAAGAGAUUGGCAGAAGUCAAGGACUCCCUAGAUAUCGACGUCAAACAGAACUUCAUUGACCCAUUGCAAGGGCUCUGUGACAAGGACCUUCGAGAGAUACAGCAUCAUUUGAAGAAGCUGGAAGGCCGCCGCUUGGACUACGAUUACAAGAAAAAGCGCCAGGGCAAGAUCCCAGAUGAGGAGCUCCGACAGGCCCUAGAGAAGUUUCACGAGUCAAAGGAAGUGGCCGAGACGAGCAUGUACAACCUGCUGGAGACCGACAUAGAGCAGGUGAGCCAGCUCUCCUCCCUGGUGGAGUCCCAGCUGCAGUAUCACAAACAGGCUGUGCAGGUGCUGGAGGAGCUUUCUGACAAACUUAAAGACAGGAUGAGUGACGCUCAGACUCGACCACGACGUGAAUACACACCUAAACCCAAACCUAUCUAUGACUUCGGAGACGACAACCAUUCGAAUAACGGCUACGCAACCUCAAUGGCCCCUCCCCCUUCACGCAACUCGGUUCCGGAGCAGCCGUGCUGUAAGGCGCUUUACGACUUUGAUCCAGAGAACGAGGGCGAGCUGGGCUUCCGCGAGGGCGACAUCAUCACCCUGACCAAUCAGAUCGACGAGAACUGGUACGAGGGCAUGCUGAACAGCCAGUCGGGAUUCUUCCCGCUCAACUACGUUGAGGUCCUCGUUGCGUUGCCGCACUAAUGUUUUAAAGAGAGCAAAGGAGGAGACUGAUGGAGAGGAGGAGGAGGAGAGAGCAAGUAGAGUUAGGAGAGAGGGAGGAAAGCGAAGCCAAGUGCUGGUCCGCAGAAUAUUUCACCUUCGGCUCCGACGUCGCCAUCGCAGACGAGCACUUUUUGUUUCCGGAGAAGAAGUCCAGACCAGAAUUUCAACCCGUUGCCACCCAAAGGUAAAAGAAUCUUAAGAUGGACGCAAAAUGUCGUCACCCGUUAUCCGGCAGUCGGAAACAUUUCCCCGAGGACUAACUUUUGAGACAUUUACAAGACUUGUUUGUCUUUUUAAUUGCAAUUUACUGAUAUCGUAAAUAUGACUUGUACGGGAUCUGGUGAUUUCUGAUGGGGUGCCACAUUUCAUAUUGUGCGUUUUGUGUGACUGCAGUCUGUUGUUAAACUGAAGAGCCUCACGGUCAACGCCAUGUGUAACUUGACUGAAUAUCAUCCUCAUUUCAAAACUGAAAACAUUGUCUGUGCCCCUUAAGGACUCGAGCUCGUCUCUUGAUGCCACCUGCUGGUGAGAUUGAGAACUACUUUGACCGAAACUUCAACUACACACGACUAGAGAUGUAGUUUAACUAAUUAUCUCAAAAUUAAAAAUACUUAAUUAUAAAAAAUUAUUAGACAAAAUUAGCAGGUCUGUGCCUAUUUGUAAUGCUCUUUUCAAAGAUCUAUCUCUAAGCUGUGCUGAUGGCUUCAGACACUGGUGUCCUUAUAAUGUUUCAGUAUUUGAGUUACGUGAGUCUCAACCUACUACAGCAGUUUUUAAAAGUAGAAUUUACGGAAUAUGUGAGAAGAUAAUUUGAAAUUGCACCUUGGUCCUCAAAUGAGAUUUGUGUGUGUGUGAGUGUGACAGACCUACUCCACCAUUACACACAGACCCAAAGUUAAAUGCAGACGUUGCACCUUUUUGUCACUCAAGGGAGGUGUGUGUGUGUGUGUGUGUGUGUGUGUGUGUGUGUGUGUGUGUGUGUGUGUGUGUGUGUGUGUGUGUGUGUGUGUGUGUGUGUGUGUGUGUGUGUGUGUGUGUGUGUGUGUGUGUGUGUGUGUGUGUGUGUGUGUGUGUGUGUGUGUGUGUGUGUGUGUGUGUGUGUGUGUGUGUGUGUGUGUGUGGUCUAGAGAUGCAGAAUGAUGAGUUGUUUCGUGGUUGUCUGUUCAAUAGAGGAGACGGAGCCAAAAAGUCUUUGUGAAAUGCAAUAGAAACAUCUCGCUUGGUGCGCCUGUUUGUUAAACUGCUAAGUAUUCUGUAACAUAGCCAUAUAUUCAUUUAGUUUAAGGCUUGCAUGUUCAGCCGUUUCCUUUUUUCUUUGGUCUUUUUGACCCGUUCUAGGCGCCUGUUAACUCCGUGCAGAGCCUGAAUAGAUGACGCUGCUGGUCAGUCUUUCAUAGUCAUCAAUAAGUGUCCCACUAUUUCUCUCUGCCCUUGUGUCUUUUGAGAAUGUGAAACUCCUCUGUGCUUUGAAACUUAUUCUAACCCUGUGAUUUUGAUGACUCACAAGGGCUCUGACUCGAUUUAUUUGACGUAGGCGGGGUGUCGUUCCUGUUCAGUUAAUCUAUUAAAACGAGGCUGGUUUCUCGUUCUGGAUUUAGCCACAGCCCUCACCAGCAGGUGGAGUCUAAUCCGACAUACACUGUACAGUAUGAGGGGAAAGACCCGGAGUGAAAGGGAAAACAUCAAAGGGGACACAUCAUUGUAAGCGUUUGUCCAGUUUGACUAAUUGAAUAAUUGACUAACUUUUGUUCCCGAACAUGAAUUCUUACCAAACGCGUAUCGUCGGAGGGGGAGUUUUUUUAAUUGUGAAUGACAAAUGUGUUCACUUUUUGCAGUAUCUUUCUGCAAAAUGUCCCCUCUUAUUAUCUGCGUUUGUCCAUCACUCCACGCUGCCAAACACUUCUGGGUUUGGUCCCCGUCUAAUAUGUUUACAUCUCUGAUCUUACCACGUUUCAAUACUUGUAUCAAGUUCAGGGCAAAGUUAAAGGACUGUAGGAGGUGCUGUCUGGAUCACGCCGUUAUCAAAUGAAGACUUUGAUCGCUUUUGUUUUUAGUGCCUUUUGGAAAAAGAAAGGAGGGAAAGUACCGCAACUAAUCCAGCAACCAAAACCUAACCUAGCUACUUAAGAAUAUGGUCAUAAAAUGUAUUUUCUACUUUUAUUUUUGUGUUUUGUUUUUAUUUCUAGCCUUUGGCACUUUUCCUGUGUAAAGAUGAAAUGCAUGGUCUGUGUGUUUGUGUGUGUGUGUGUGUGUGUGUGUGUGCACAUUUCUGCACACUUCUGACACUACAGGCAGUUUCCCGGACAUGUGUUUAGACUAGUGUGAGGUUUAUCGGCAGACCACCAGAAAAACUGAUAUGUAUGUAGAUUUUAAUCCAUGUUUGAAAAAACAUGUCCCACUGAUCUUUUUAUCUCUUGUCUUAAAUGCUUUUUGAACAGCAUUAAAUCAUUCUGGCUCUCUAGUAUUAUUUUUUUAUAUUCAAGACCUUAAAACAUUUAAAUUAAUCUUUGAAUGUAGUCCUAUAUUAGAUAAUGUAAAUGUAUGUCUUUAGAUUUGUCGCCUUUUUACUUUUGAGUACAGAAUUUAACCGCAAUAUUUUGUCUUUUAUUAUCAAAGUAUCUGUACGUGUUUCUUCUUGUCGUUCCCCCCCCCCCCCUUCUUACA